CCCUUUGCUGACCCAUUGGGAACUUCUGGGAAGUGUGACAUCUGUGACUGUUAAUUGUUUUAAAUAUUUCAAUCUUAAUCCCCUGUGAUGGUAGACAAAUACCUAGGUAACCUAGACAGUGGUGUGUCAUUUGUGCCCAUAAAACACAAGGGAUGGAAAGAAGAGGUUGUAACUAACACAGAGUCACACUUCAUAUGUGAAAUGUUGAGAAAUUAUUUCACUUCAGUUAAAAAAAAAAAAAUAAAGCAAAAUUUUCCUUACCUCAACCAUUUGUUCUAUUUGUCUUCCAGACCCCUACCCACGAUGAUUCCACCAUCUGCACCAAGCCCUGUCAGCGAUGCUGCACUCUUGUCAGGUGUGGCUUCUCAGGAAGUCUGGAGGUCACCAGUUCCAGGCUAUUCUGGACUGCCCACACGACACAUAAGUCACCGGGCCAACAACUUCAAGAGACACCCGAAAAGGAGGAAACACAUCCGGCCUUCGCCGCCGCCGCCGCCAAACACUCCAUGUCCCAUUGAUCUGGUUGACUUUGGGGAUCUCCAGCCUCAGAGGUCUUUCUUGGAACUCCUUUUCAAUGGGUGCAUUCUCUUUGGGCUUGAAUUCAGCUAUGCCAUGGAAACAGCCUAUGUUACCCCUGUGCUGCUCCAGAUGGGGCUUCCAGACCAACUGUAUGGAAUGGUGUGGUUCAUCAGCCCUAUAUUAGGGUUUUUGCUACAGCCUUUGCUGGGAGCCUGGAGUGACAGAUGCACAUCAAGAUUUGGGAGGAGAAGACCUUUCAUUCUGGUUUUAGCAGUAGGAGCAUUGCUUGGGCUCUCACUUAUGCUGAAUGGCAAAGAUAUAGGGAGUGCCUUGUCUGACACUGAGAAUAACCACAAAUGGGGGAUCAUCCUUACCAUCUGUGGUGUUGUCCUCAUGGACUUCAGUGCAGAUUCAGCAGACAAUCCCAGUCAUGCCUACAUGAUGGAUGUGUGCAGCCCAGUGGAUCAAGACAGGGGCCUCAACAUCCACGCUUUGUUAGCAGGUCUUGGAGGUGGCUUUGGUUAUGUUGUUGGAGGAAUACACUGGGAUAAAACCAGUUUUGGAAAAGCUGUAGGAGGGCAACUUCGUGUCAUCUAUGUCUUCACCUCAGUUGUACUGACUAUUGCUACUGUGCUGACUCUAGUUAGCAUUCCAGAGAGACCCUUAAAGUCCUCUAACAGGAAGAAAAAGGUGAUGAAAAGUCCAAGUCUUCCUCUCCCUCCUUCUCCACCUUUCUUCUUUGAGGACAGUGUAAAUGAAAACUCUGCUUCUCAUAACUCAGCUCACUUACAUGCAAGUUUUACGAGUCCUGUUUCCCCCAUGAGCCCACUCACACCAAAAUACGGGAGUUUUAUCAGCAGAGACAAUUCUUUGACGGGAAUUAAUGAGUUUGCAUCAUCCUUUGGGACUUCAAACAUUGACAGUGUGCUCAUAGACUGUUUUACAGGCGGGCAUAAUGGUUACAUGACACUUCCAGCUAGUUUGUCCAGGCAGCCUGUCAGUGUCAGCUUUCCUCGGGUGCCUGAUGGUUGUUACCAUGGAGCAAAUGGAGUUCUGGAGCAAGGGGAGAGCAGCUUAACAUCAGGGCCUGAUAGUGAUGUGCUGAGAGUGGGCUCACUGGAUACAAUAAAGCCACGGUCAUCAGGGAUCUUGAAAAGACCUCAGACCUUGGCCAUUCCAGAUGCUGUAACAGGACACUGCCCAGAGAAUAACAGAAGAAGAAAUGUAACCUUCAGCCAACAGGUUGCUAAUAUCCUGCUGAAUGGUGUGAAGUACGAGAGCGAGCUGAAUGAAUCGGGCGAGACCUCGGAGCAGCCUCUGUCUGUGAAGCUGCUUUGCUCCACCAUCUGCCACAUGCCCAAGGCUCUCCGUAACCUCUGCAUCAACCACUUCCUAGGGUGGCUUUCAUUUGAGGGGAUGUUACUCUUCUAUACUGACUUCAUGGGAGAAGUAGUGUUCCAAGGGAACCCGAAAGCACCUCACAACUCAGAUGAGUAUCAGAAGUACAACACUGGGGUCACCAUGGGCUGCUGGGGAAUGUGCAUCUAUGCAUUCAGUGCUGCUUUCUAUUCAGCCAUGCUGGAGAAGCUGGAGGAGCGCUUUAGCACACGGACACUGUACUUUGUGGCAUAUUUGGCCUUUGGGCUGGGUACAGGCCUGGCCACGCUCUCCAGGAAUGUCUACGUGCUGCUGUCCCUGUGUGCUACCUAUGGCAUUCUGUUCGCCACGCUCUGCACGCUGCCCUACUCCCUGCUCUGCGACUACUACCAGAGCCGAGAGUUCGUAGGCUCGCAGGCGGAGGGCACGCGACGUGGGAUGGGCGUCGACAUCUCCUUGCUGAGCUGCCAGUACUUCCUAGCGCAGAUCCUCGUGGCCCUGGCCAUGGGGCCGCUGACGGCGGCUGUUGGCAGUGCCAGCAGUGCCAUGUACUUCUCCAGCCUGGUGUCCUUCCUGGGCUGCCUCUUCUCCUCCCUCUGUGUCACCUACGAGCUGCUGCCCGCCGAGGAGUUGCCACCUGCCGAGGAGCAGCGUCCGCUCCUGCCCCGUGCGCGGAACGAAUAA